AACCCUGGGAAGAACCCCUUCCACUUGACUGCCGAGGAUGUCUAUGACAUCUCCUAUGUGGUGGGAAGGGACCUGAUGGCCAUCACCGGGGACUCCAGGGACGUGGCCACCAGGGUGACCCAGCUCCAGUUUAAAAUCGUGAGGAUUCUGGAGAUGCUGGAGGCCCUGGUGAAUGAUUGCAAUGUGACCGUGGAGGAGCUCAGAAUGGAGAGGGACAGCCUCAGGAAGGAGGUGGAGGGGCUCAGGAGCGAGGGGCAGCCCCCGGACGCUGAGGAGGUGAACCCAGGGACCAACAAAGUUGUCGUGGAUCUGACAGACCCCAACCGCCCCCGAUUUACGAUGCAGGAACUGCGGGAUGUGCUGCAUGAGAGGAACAAGCUCAAAUCCCAGCUGCUGGUGGCUCAGGAAGAGCUCCAGUGCUAUAAAAGCACCUUAAAAAAGCUGGAUUUACAGUCAGAAGGCAUUGACUUGAAUCCAAACUCUGAAGAAACUGCCUGUGUGACUUUGGGCAGUGGGCUCAUCCCCCCGAAUAACAGCCAGAUGGCAAGAAGAGACCCUGAAGCCCUCAUCACCAGCACCACCAACUCCAAAGAAGGCAAACAGGAGAAAACGAUCAUCCGGAAGCUCUUCUCUUUCAGGUCGGGGAAGCGGACCUGAUCCUGCACGCUGUGGCCAGCACUGAAGAAUCAGAAAGCCUUUAUUGUGCCAUGUGUAGAUAAUUGGAUUUACUGAUUUAUUUUCCCCUAAAAAAACUUCGAGAAGGAAAUAUACCACGUUGUUUUUCCCUCUGCUUAAUUUCCCCUUGGCUCUCGGAUGAGAGAGACUAGUGGGAAGCAACAACACUGAGUUUCGAGCCAGAGGAUGUGGGUUCCAAUUUUAUUUCGGUGACUAUGAGCAAGGCAGUUCCCUUCCUGGACCUCAGUUUCUCGCUAAGUGGUUCCUUUCCACUGGAAAGUUCUAAUAGCUCAUCUCUCACCAGUCUCGGGAAGCUCCACACCCAGAAGAGCAGGUCAGAACAAUUAAAAUUGUCCCAUGAAUCCAUGGGCAUGAGAAGGCAGCUUAGAAUCAUGAAAGGAAUUAGCUCUGCAAUUGGAGGACCUGGAUUCAGAUCCUACCUUGUGAGCUCAGAGGAGCCCACCCUCUUGAUGUUACCACUUGCUUAAACGUGGUAGGCCACUUCCUUUGUUUCCUUACCUGUACUCCAUGCCCCCUACAUCCCCUUUCCAGAGCUGUGCUGCUGAUAGAUUUUGGGGUGCUCUAACCCAGUCUUCAAGGGUUCCACUGGGGGAUAGAUACUGGCCCAAUGACACCGCCCUAGAAUUGAUCACUUUUAAUAUAGAAGCAAAUUAAAAUCAGAUUCUUAUUAAACCUGUAAAAGAGCAAGGCCUGUGUGAGGCAUUAGAAAACUAAAGAAAAAUAAUGGCCAUGUCCUUCAGGUGCCUGCAGUGAAAAUUGUCAGAUAAAAGAAAGAGGAAAAAGGUCAAAUGUAAAGUCUAAAUGUUUUCCCAUGAAUGUCACUGGUUGUUACCUCACAGGAACCACAGAAGGCAUCUUGUCUAACCCACUAAUUUUUACAGAUGAGGAAAUUUAAACCCCAAAUUUUGAACGGAUUCCCCCAAAGUUACACAGGUAGUGUGUGUUAAAGGAAGGAUUUGAACCCAGCACCUUGGACUUGAGAAUCUGUGUUCUUUUCCUCUUCACCACCAUAGUAUUGACUGUUCUUUCUUUGUAAGGUUUUAUACUGAGAUAAAUAAAAUGAUUUUUCUACCUUCGGUAAUUCA